UUCGCUAUUUUCUGAGCUUAUCAUCUCAAUACUAUCAAUAUCCUAUAAAAUCCAUGCUGCCUUUACAAAAUUAAUUCCUGUACCUGGUACCCCUCACCGAUCAACUAUAAACCCAACGGUCGAGCCGCCCACCCUCAUUUUCUUACAAAGCCUCAGAUUCUACCGGCUCUCGUGAGCGAUCUACAGCUCUGACCGUCUACAUAGUACCCCAUAACAACGUUACUGCAAUGUCUUGCGACGAUCAAGCUAUCGAUGAAACAGAGAGGCUCGUACAGACUCUCCCGGUGCACCCCGAUACAGAGCCUCCGAAAGAUGGCAAGACGAGCCCAGGGUCCAUGAUACCACCCGUAACAUCUGCUGAUGCUCGAGCUGCAUACCGAAAGGCCAAGGAUUGGGUUUCUGAAAAUCCUGGCCAAGCGGCGUGCUACACGGUCGGCGCCGCCAGCCUUGCCAUCGCGGCCUCACCGGCCUUGGUUUCUGCCCCUAUGUUGACCGCGAUGGGAUUUGGAGCCAAGGGCGUUGUUGCCAACUCAGCUGCGGCUGCAGCUCAAGCAAGCAUCGGCAACGUCGUGGCACCGAGUCUCUUCUCCACAUUUACGAGCGCCGGGAUGGCUGGGUACGGGGCCGCAAUAGUGAACGGUGCAGUGCAGGCCGGCGCCGGUGCUACGGCUGCUGGGUCCGGGGCAUAUAUCGCGACGAAACAAUGGUUUGCAGGGAAGGAGAAGAAGACCAACUCAGAAGCGGGUGAUGGCGCGCCGGAAGACAACGACGAAUCUGACAGCGGCCUAUGAGGACUAGGACUGCUGACAGCGAGGCAACAACGAAAGUGGACAUGUGAAUAUUAAGCAGACCCUUUGUAAGGUGACGAUGCAGUUUGUGCAAAUGCAGAUCAGGAAAGUGUUGUUGUGUCUGUCAUCCCAGCUGGACUUGACGUUCUGAGGCUGUGCACUUGAUGUUUCGUGAGAAGGGAAUGUUCGAGAUCUCGUAUGCUGUCCCCAUCUUCGGUCUCUUGACUGGUCUUGGUACGAGGACGAUGGUGACGUUUUUA